AUGUCUGAUGUUUCACUUGAAACUACAAUUGUUUCAGUGGAUAUCGGACAAGUUUUAGAUAUAAAACACAUCAAAGAAUACGUGAGUAAGAAUUUUUCUAAAGAUUGCGUUUUUAUUGACGCGAUUGAAAUUUUUGAAUCACUUAAACUUCCUAAACUCGAUCCAUCUACACCACACGAGAAUCUAAUCGAGAUAUCAUCACUAGUUUCGAAGUCAAUUAAGACAAAUAUCGAUUCUUCAAUACAAAAAUUAUUAGAUCUAAAGAAAAAGAACAUCAAAGCAGCAGAAAAUACAAAGAAAGAGAAAAAUCCACCUCCUCCACCUCCAAUAAUGUUUGGAGGACAAACAGAAGCCGUAAUUGCACUAAUUAAUUGGCCUUUAGUUCCAAUACACUAUCAACAAUUAGUAGAAAACGAUAUACACAUAUCAGCAUUUAUAAAUCUUACAGGAUUUAAAGCAACAGUUCCUCCAACAAAAUCUUCAAAUAAUAAAGUAACUACGACGCUUCCUUAUCUAAAAAUAAUAGGCAAGACAGUACCAGAUACAAAUAUACCGUUAUCGUGGGUACAACUGCAAGAAACUGCAGAUUUUACGACAAUUUUUAGUGAAAUUAAAUUAGAAGAAGAACCAGCACAAGCAUGGAACACUCUUCAACUGGAAAUAGGAAAUAUACUGUCUGCAAAGAAAAAGAUCGAAGAAGAAUGCAAAUCAAUAAAAAUUGAAAAUGUUCCAACUUUACCUGAAAUUGAUCACGAAUUGGACCUUUCUACAUACACAGAGACCCUUAAAAAGGAUGAAAAUGACUAUAUCACAGCAAUUUUCGAACAACUUCACAAAAAUAAUUUUCAAAUUUUUCCAAAACCGGAAAUUUCAGAGCUAGAUCUUAUUAAUGACAUUCUUGAUCAGUUCUACAACAAGCUUGCCAACAAACAAAUCCCACAAGAAGAAAUAAAACCAAAAUUCUUCAAAAAUUCCAAAUCUUCACCAUCAUUUUUUGUCGAAAACAUGAUUAACUCAUGGAAUAUACCAAGUGAAUGCGCAGAAUCAGCAGCAAAAGCUGCAGAAUACUACACAUCCAUUGAAGGAUUUAAUACUGCGGCCGGACAACAGUUUGAGUUACUUUUUACAAAGGCAAAUAAACAGUAUUCGCUUGGUCUGCCAAUAAAUUACUAUGAUUUUACAAAAUUUACGAAAAUGAUAAAUUAUGAUGAUUCUAUUCCAAUUCUGAAUAAUAUUAUGAAGAUGUACAACAUUGUUGAAGUAUCUGUUGACAAUAUGACUGGAAUUGUCUAUGUUUUGGCCCUUCCUCCCGCUCAAAAAUCUCUUGGAAAGCAAAUUCAGUAUAAAUACAUGCCAGUUACAAUGAAAAACGGAAAUGAGUUGUUUUUAAACAUGAAUGAAACAUCAGAAGCAUCACAAACUCCUGAUAAAAAGAACAAAAAUAAUUCAAUUUUAAAUCUUAUUAAAAACAACGAAAGUCCUACUCAAAUCUUCCAAAAUAUACAAGAGAUCAUCAAAACAAGCUCUAAAAUCUACGGACUUCCUUCUUCUUAUAAUUUUUCAACAGAUUUCGUUUCUCCUUACUUCUUUGACAAUUUUAGAGUUGAUAUAUUAAGAGAGAUAUGGAAUGGAACAUAUCUCUUCAAGUAUAAUGUGUUUGCAACAGAUUUUGACGUUCAUUCUGAAGAUGAUUCGAUUUCUAUUGAUUUUGGAGAGUUCAGAGUAAAUUCAAACAGUGAUUCUAUCAAUAUUUUCCAUGAAAAUAACUCAUUUUCAUUAAAAUCAGGAAAAUUAACAAUAAAUAACAACAUAAUCAUCGAUAGAAAUGGAGAUUUCGUUUAUAAACUUGAUAAAUCAACACUAUACACUUCAUUUUCAGGUGUUGCAGGCUAUACAACGAAAGAUUCUUCGAUUUUCAACGAUAAAUUUGGAAAUGGCUCUGAAAAAGUUCAUAAAAAGACAAAUCUAGUUGAAAAGAAACGUGAUUACAUAAGGAAUGAUGAUGUUAAAUACGCAAUUAACCUGAAAGACCAAUCCAGAACAAUUAAUCUCAAAAAUAUUACAAUAAAACAGAACGAUAAGGUCCAAGAGUUCAUCCUUCCAGGUUUACAAACAAUAUUAUCCACACCAGAGAUGAUAAAUUUCCAAAUUGGCCAAUAUCAAAUUUCAAUAUCCGACAAAAUCGAAAUAAAGAAAGGUGAUUUGGUUAUUGUUGUAUCCAGUGAUGUUAAUAUUACAGACGGAAAAACCGAAAUGUCGAUGAAUUGCAAUGAAAUUCAAAUUAAAUCAGGAAAAACAGGUUUUAUUGCAACAAAUACAGGUAUUGAGAGGUUGGCAGACAUAUUUGAAGGUGAACCUCCACCAAAGAAGAGGCCAGAGUUCGCAGAAACCAAGUUUGGCCUACUUCCUCCGGUGAAAGAAGUUUUACCGGAAAAUGUUUUGUUGAAUUUACAGAAACAGAAUCCGCCAAGGUUCUUCGCGAUAAGACCAAACUUAUCAGGAACAGAGUUUUUACACCCAGAGUAUGCUUAUUCUCUCAAAUCUACUGAAGAAAAGCCAUUUGAAAAAGAAUCUCCUUCAGAUUCUCAAGGAAAAGUGACUAAAAUCGAUUUACCAAACACAUAUUCGCUUGGAAAUGGAACAGAGAAGCAGCCCAAACCAGUAAAUUCUGCAAAUGAUUCUGAUUUGAACUUAAUUCCUCCAAAAUCAGAAUUAUUCAAAGUUCAGGCUUCGAUUAAUGGAGAAAAUGUCAUCUAUGAUAUCUUAAUAGAUGAGUUUAUGCGUCCUAUCUCGUUUAUUUCCUUCAAUCCGCUUGAUAAAACGCAUAGAGCUGAAGCAUUAAAAGAAAUUGCAGCACCAAGGCAAAGAAAACCGAAGAAAGGUGAAAAAUUAGUAGAAACAACCACAGAUGUUAACGAAAAAGCCGUUUCUGCCAUUGCAUCGAUGAAUUCUUUUUUCACAUUAGUUUCGGAAGCCAAAGAAGCCGCAAUUUCUCUUGCAAAGAAGACAUGGCAUGAGUCAAGGAUACCAAAACCUCCAAGAGUUCCUGAUCUUGACGUAAUGCCACCGCAAACUCCUCCACCAGGGGUUCUCAUUGCAGCAAACCUCAAAGGAUCGAGUAGUAUUCAAGCAAGGAAUUAUUGGGAAUCUCCUGAGGCCAAUUUUGUCUAUGUUAAAGAAAUUGAAGUCAAACAACCUCGUCCUCCAUCAGCGAGGAUGAAAUUGUUUGAUCCACCACGUCAUUUCAUUAUGACAGAUAAAGAUAUCCCAGAUUCAUCGUUCUACGACAACGAAAAUAAAGAUAAUAAUAUUAUGACUUCAACAAAGAACAGAUCAACAUUUAUGACGCAGCCAGAUGAACAGAAAUAUCCAGAGUCGGCAAGAGCGCCACGAAGACAUGGAAGAAGUCGAAGAACAAUGAAAUCUGAUGAACAUCCGCAAAGAGUUGACUUUGGAGAGGUUCCUGCUGGUAGAGAAGCAUCUACAAGCCUUGAAAUAACUAAUACAGGCUUUGUUCCUUUCAAAUAUUCCAUUAUACAACCAGAAGAUAAAAAUGUAAAAAUUUUGACAGCUCCUGGCAUUGUAAUGGCUGGAUUUAAGCUUAAAAUAAGACUCCAGUUACUUCCAUGCGAAAGAGGAGAGAUUUCGACCAGUUUCCGACUUCUAACCCCAGAUGUAGAUAUGGAAAUACCCGUAACUGCUAUUAUCGUGUAA